AAAACGUUCGCAAAAAACUUGGAUUUUCUCGUUUCGUUUCUCGCUGGCGAAUCGCGUGCGCGUUUUUUCCGUUGUCGCGUGCGCGCGUUUCCAGGGCGUUUUGUGUGCGAUUUUCGUCGCUAUCGCGCUGGGGCCAGUGGCCAAUGAACUGCGCGGUUUUCUAUAUCGAAAUGGAAAUGCUUUUUUCGUUUGCGGGUGGCGAAUGAAAACGAAAAUCCCCGCCUGCAGCUGGCACUCAAACUUAAUCUGUUAUUGUGCGGCUACCUACAGAAAAAUAGUGCUCGUAAAAAGUCUGGCCAACAGUAAAAAGCCAUUCAGUGCGGCCAUAAAACCAAAUCAAAACAUAUAUGCCAGUUUGUAGCCACAUAUAUGCCCUAUGCCAAGACAAGACUAGCAUGCAUAUAAAGUAAUAUUAACAAAAGACCAAACUCGUUUCGAUCGGCCACAAAAAAAAAAAAAACAAACGAGAGUAUAAAUAAAUAAAAAAAGGUAAAUUAAAUUAAACUCAUUUUUAAUUACUCGCUGGCCAAAAGAUCACAUAAAGAGCGUGCAAUAAAAUAUUUGUAUCAGUAAAUUAAUUAUAUUGUAUAUAGAAAAACAUGUUGCAAUAAAGCGGUCUUUUAAUGACACACAAAUAACAGAAAAAAAACACAGAGGCUCUAACUUUAAACGACGAGAUUCAGUUUCAGUUCAAUCUUCGCGUCGGGCUGAAAAACAAAAGACUUAGGCAACGAACGCGCUGCCAGUUUGUGGUGUCAUUUGUUUGCGGCAGAUAACGGCGCUUCGGGCGCCUCCGAAUUGCCGAGUAGUGAUAGCAGCCGUAACAAACUAAUUGACAACUCAAAUCCUGCCGGACCGCAAAAAAAAACCGAAAUAAAAGAAAAAAACAAAAAACAAUUGUUAAACAACGUUUCGCCUGCCACUCGGACUGUCGGUUUGUCAGUUUGUCGGUCUGUGGACCUGGUCGGCAGCCGCACUUCAAUCAAAUCGCUGCGCUGCCCCAAACGACGACAAUUGCCAAGUGUGCCGCUUAAUGUCUUCAAAUGCAUUUCACCAACAACACAACGGCCUGGCUGCUGCUGCCGCACAACAACGAAAAAAGAAGCUGAAAUAAAUUUACAUAAAUAUUUCACUUGCCAGUUUUUGCUGCCAACCACAUCCGCGUUUCAUAGAUAUAUAGAUUGAGCCUGGCCAACAGAUAUCCGAGUGUGUGAGUGUGCUGGUAUCGCGUGUGUGUUUUCGUUGCCUUACUUCUGCGCUCAGCGGUCCCAAGGAGAUUCUGGGGGAGAUUCCGAAUCCAAUCCCGAGCACAGAUCCGUCAAAAGCGUAUUUGCCCUGCCGCAGUUGCACACACAGAGAUCGCAAACCACUGGCAUUUCCUGCGCUAACACAUUCUUCCUGCUCCGCCGGGGCAGCCAGCCAAACUUAUCCAUAACUGAAACUUAACCAGUACCUGGUUUUUUAAGGCGCUACUCUGGCGCUUCAAGCUCAGCAAAUGAUCGGCACCGAGGAUAUGUCCGCAGCGGCUGGCAUGGACAUCAGCGAGUCCUUUCGUGCCGAGGAUCUCUCGAAGGCGGACUUCUUCGACUUUGUAACCGGUCCCGAUAUGGGCAUUGGCAUCGGGGUGGGUGUGGGCGUGGAGGCCCUGGGCGUCAGUCUGCAUCAGCAGCAGCAGCACCACCAGAACCACCAACAGUCGCCCCACAGUCACAACAACAACCACAUCCAGGUGGUUCACCAGCCCAUUACAUCGCAGUCCCAGCAGCAGAGCCUCUGCGGUGGUGCGAGAACCAACAGUAGCAUGAUCCACGACGGCGGGGGCGGUGGUGCAGGCGGCGGCGGUGGUGUCGUGGUGCCCGUUGGCAACCGUAAUGGAACCACCAACGGCGGCGAUCCCACGUUACAGGGCUACGAGUUUUGGCACCAGGACAAGGACAGCAGUCGCCUGGACUCCAGCUCGAUCUUUGAGGACCUCGAUCGCUACUGCUGGCAACAGCAGCCGGUCACCGCCAGCGCCAGUAAUGGUGGAUCCGCCAGCACCAACCAGCCCAGUCCCACAUCGCCGCAGGGCCACCUCCAGCAACAGCAGCAGCAGCAGCAGCAACACCAGCAACACCAGCAGCAGCAGCAACAUCAGCAGUUGCAGCAGCAGCAACAGCAACCCAAUGCGAGCAGCUCCUCGGCGGCCUCCAGUGGAGCGGGCAGCAGCAGCGAUACGAUUAGCAGCCUGGACACCACCGAUGGCCAGAUCUACACCCUGACAGUAUUAAACGGAGGAGAGCCCUGGCUGAAGCGCUCGGAGGCGGAGCAGUUGCCCACCUCGCUGGAUCUGGACAGUUUGCUGGGCAGUUUUCCGGGCUACAUCAAGUCGGAGUAUCCCUACGACGACAGUGGUUUCAGUACGGAUGGCAAGGAUGUGAUUGGCAAUGGUACGGAUGGUCUCAGCAGUAUUUCCCAGGCCCAAAAUCAGCAGGGUCAGCAGACGCAACAGACGCUGCCCUCGCUGGUCACGGCCAUUUCCCUGGCGGGUGGCAAUGAUUUGGGCCAACAGUUGGCCCAAUUUCAGAAUAACAACAACGACUGGCAUAUGGCGGAUCAUAAUACGGAAACGGAGCAGAGUACGGCGGAAUCGCUGCUGCGAAGUGCGCUGCAGGGCAAAGGCUAUGCCAAGGGAUUGCAUAUGCAGAAUGGCCUGACCAUGCCGGUGGUCAAGGAUGAGGAUAUGCGAAGAUUGCUCUUUGCGGACGAGGCAGCAGCCUUGGGUUUUGCCGACUCCACCUUGAGUGCCGCCCAGAUGUUUGACGAGGCCCAGGGCAUCCAUCUCAGUUCCCAGCAGCAGCAACAGCAGCAGCAGCAACAUAAUGGCAAUGCCAAUAUCCUGGUGGACGACAUGUUCCUGUCGCUGGAGAAUGCCUUCAGCGAUGAUUUCGAGAAGAUCAAGAGGAUAGCCAACGAAGUGCAGCAGUUUUGCAGUGCCGGCUCGGCUGGUACACCCACACCCGGGGAUUAUGGUCCACCCAGUGAUGUCCUGAUGCAAAUCUCACCAAGUACGGCUGUCACAACCGCGGGUCAACUGCAACCACCGCAACCACUGAAACCGGAGGUCAGUACCUCCACUUCUCCAGCCUCAGCGGUGGUGGUCUCCGCCGCCAGCAGCCAUGUGAGAUCCGGAGCAGGAGGUGGAGUCACCAAGCCCAAGAAGGCCUACAAGCGCAGCAGUAGCAAUAACAACAAUCCCAAUGUGGCCAAUAACAACCAGAGUAGUGGAACUAAUCCCUUGAUAGGAGGAAGUGGUAGUGGCUCCUCGUCCAGCGGAAGUGCCAGUAGCAGCAGCAAUAGUCCGCCGGCCAAUUCCGGUGGCAGUUCGUCCUCCUCGUCGGGCAGUGCACAAAGGAAGGAGCGAUCCCUGCACUACUGCUCCAUCUGCUCGAAGGGAUUUAAGGACAAGUACUCCGUGAAUGUCCAUAUAAGAACUCAUACGGGGGAGAAGCCUUUCGCCUGUUCGCUUUGUGGCAAGAGUUUCCGGCAGAAAGCCCAUCUGGCCAAGCACUACCAGACGCACAUGACCCAGAAGAACAAUGGGAACCUCAUAAAAGGGGGCUCCGGAAAGCACCCACGAUCCAGUGGCUCCACGGGAGGAUCGGCCAGUGCCUCACUUAACCAGAGACAGCCGCAAAUCACCGGUGGUGGAGUGGUGCCUUCAUCGCUGCCCGUGAUGAUCAGCAAUCCCAAUACGCCACCUGGAGGAGUACUGCCACCUGCCAAUGGACUGCUCACCAAUCGGUAGUGACCACCACACUGGCAGCGGGGAUUCCCCCCGACUUAACUAUUUCUUGUUCCUUACUCACAAAAAAAAUACAAAAUACCACAACACAAAAAAUGAACAAAUGUAGAGAAACUAUUACUACUACUCGAAAUACCUAAAUACUCGUACACCCAACUCGAAUUUACGUCAUUGAUGAAUUCCUAUUUCAGCUUUCUGUGCAAUUCCUAUAUGCCCAAACACAUACACAGACAGACAAACACUCGAAGCACUUCCAAAUACAAUACUCAACUUAAUGUACAUUUACACAAACAAAUUAAAUUUAAAUGUGCCAAAUUUUGAAGAUUUUAAUUACUAAAGUUAAAUACCUACUACUAAAAUAUAUGAAUAUGUAUGCUAGGCGUGUAGAAAUAGAAGUGUAACGAUGCUAAUGAAGCAAUUCCACGAGUGGUGAUAUCAAAAAGAGGCCAAACGCUUCCUUGCUAAAAGAGAGAAUUUUGUUUUAAAGUCCCCAAAACUAGAAUAAAUAUGUUCUUUAUUCCGAGUCUCCUAAUCACCCGCAGUUCUUCAGAAUGUUUCCUGUAAAUUAAAAAGUAUUCGUUUUCUUAGUUGCUCUGCCCAAAUUAGCAUAAAUUUGUUUGCUAGUGUUAAUGUAUAUAAUAUAUGUUUGCCUAAAUAAAAUUAGUUUUGUUUUUAAUUAUAAACAAAAGCAGAGGGAAUGCCAAAUAUUUGAGGGAGGAACACUGACGCGAGGCGCUAAAAAUUCGAAACGCAUCCUCCAGAUACGGAGCUUAUCCUACACUAAAUUCCCGCUCCUUUCUCCUUCAAGGAUCUCUUUGAUCUCUUGGGCCGAGUGUUAGCCAACUUCGAAGGCAUUCAAAAUGAAAAGGGGGGAGCAUAAGCAUUACUUUACCAUCUAUAAGUACGUUUACACACCAUAUGUUCAGCAAACUCAACUUGCACUUGCCAUUAUUUUUGUAUUUGAUAAACACAAGGCGAAUUCCCUAUAAUUAAAGAUUAAACACCACACACCACAUUCCCCCCAACUAGUGUAUUGCAUAGGCUAAGCUAACUGAUAAAUCAGCCGUAGUUAGUGGUUAAUUAAACUGCCAAUUAUUUUGUGAUAGUUUUUAAUGGACAAUAGUUUAGAUUACGCAAAAAAUAUCUUCAAUGGUGUUUGGGUUAUGUAACGUUUUAACGAUUUGUUAUAAACUGUGUACACUUUGCAAUACGAGUAUUUUCUGCUAAUUUAUUGAACUUCAUAGUUUAUGUACAUAGAGAACGAACCUUGUUUAUAUCCAAGCCUAGGCUAAGCCACACAUUGAAAUCUUAGUUAAAUCUUUGUUAGUUAUUAUUUAUGCACACACAAACAACACACACACAAAAAAGAAGCCACACACACACACACACAAGAAACACACAUCCAUCUGCAGUUAAGUUUUGCAUUAAUUUUUUUAGUAUUGCAAGCAUUAAAAAUAAAGAAA